CAAUCACACGCCCCUCUUCUUUAAAUGCAUUGCCCGUCGUUCACUCAGAUGACAUGAACCAGUGGGAGGCGACGGAGUGAUGCGCAAAGACGCACUCGUGCCAGUAUAACAACUGUGACUUCCUACAUCUCCGGAACCGUCCAGACACCAAAAUGAAAUGAAUUCAACAUCUGCCGGGGACUCAUGCUCCUAUUUUUCCUCUCCCGCGGAGAUGCCUGCAUGUUACAGGGACCUAUGCGGAGGAGCAAGUAACUUUGCCAAUAUGCCCUACAGGACAUUGACAUUACACACAGGAGAGUCCUAUGGAAUAUAGUCCGCACUGUCACUCUACUCAGCCGGUGAAAAACAAACUUUUCGUCUUCUGCAUCAUGCUGUCACUGUGGGUGUACAUGCUGUACUGCUGUGUGGGCUACUGCUCCACCACACCGACCUUCAUGAUGGAAGAAAGGAGCAGCAGGAAUCCACCCAGACCCCUCCAGAAACAAGACCCGGAGAUGUUCCUCAAAAGCCAGUCCAGGGACUUACUAAACAACGAGAGUGAUGCUGACAGCAAAGGAGACGGCUGGGAGGAAAAUAAGGGCGAUGUUGUUUAUGACGAGGACUCGGGAGUAGCAGGUGCCCUGAACGAGACCAAAAAGUUGCCCCAAGCGAUUAUAAUAGGGGUGAAGAAGGGAGGGACGCGCGCGCUGCUCGAGUUUCUGCGCCUCCAUCCUGAUAUCCGCGCGGUGGGAGCGGAGCCGCACUUUUUUGAUCGCAACUACGAGAAAGGACUCGAGUGGUACAGGGAACUAAUGCCCAAAACUCAGGAGGGUCAGCUGACUAUGGAGAAGACACCAAGCUACUUUGUAACCAAGGAGGUUCCAGGCCGGAUCCACGCCAUGUUCAAGGGCACUAAGCUGAUAGUUGUGGUUAGAGACCCAGUAACCCGGGCGAUCUCAGACUACACGCAGACCCGCUCAAAGAAACCCGACAUCCCGUCCUUUGAGAGCUUGACUUUCAAAAACAUCACAGCGAAUCUAAUAGACACCUCGUGGAGCGCGGUGCAGAUCGGCAUGUACGCCAGGCAUCUGGAGCAGUGGCUGCAGUUCUUCCCCAUGAGCCAGUUGUUGUUUGUGAGCGGGGAGCGUCUGAUUAGCGACCCGGCCGGGGAAAUGGCCCGCGUACAGCAAUUCCUGGGCCUGAGGAGGGAGGUCACAGACAAACACUUUCACUUUAACCCCGCCAAGGGCUUCCCUUGCCUCAAAAGACCUGAAAGCAACAGCAAACCACACUGCCUCGGCAAAACUAAAGGCCGCACGCAUCCAAACAUAAAUCCUGAUGUGAUUCAAAGACUGCGAGACUUCUACAAGCCAUUUAACAAAAAGUUCUACCAUAUGACCGGCCAUGACUUUGGCUGGGACUGAUUUUUCAUUUUGUUUUUGGGAACACGUUUUUGGAAAAUAAUUAAUUGUAAAAAGUAUAGAACUCUAUUUUAUAAUAAUUUAUUGAAAAUAAUAUACUCACUCGGCUGCCUAUCUGUUGUUGUACGUACUGCAAUUUUCUACCUUUUAUAUUCCGGUCAAACCUGUAAGCUUGAUAUUUUGUCUUUUUUAAUAGGAAAAAAACUGAUUUGACGUAGGAAUUUAGGAGAGGGAUGCUUGACAAAGGAAAAUAGCACAAUGAAACUAAUUACGGGUAUUUGAUGAGUCAUGGAAAACAUUUCUCUGUUGAGUUGCGUAACAGGCCCUAAUUUUUGCUUUAGUAAACAUUAUCUACUGUUUUCCAGCAUACCAUCCUUCAUUUUAAAGGCUCGUUAUUUUGUCUCGGCUGUUCCAAAGCCAUUUUGUGGAUCAAUACACAUAAAGCUAUACGACGUGUCAAUUAUGGCAGAAAAAUUAAGUUUGGGACACCAGCUGUUUAACUUCAUUUAAGAAAAUGUUAUUUUCUACAUCAGCAUUACACACGGGAAGUCCUUGAAGACCAGCCCAAUCUCACGGCAAUUCAUACAUAUUUUAUGUGGCUAAUUCGUACGACCUCACUCGUACAAAUUUAUAUGAUUUGUGCUAAAUCGUACGUAUUUUACGAGUUGCACAAUUCAUAUGAAUUUGUAUGAAUGACCUACACCUGCGCUUAAACCUACCCGUCACUGGGGUCUAGACAAAUCGUACGAGUGAGGACGUACGAAUUCGUAUGAAUUAGCCACCUCGUAAAAUACGUACGAAUUGGUCGUGAGUUAGCGUUGUGAAGACAGAUACUUUAACUGUGAUUGAUUCUCUGUUACAAAAGUCUGAGACUGUAUUUAUAAUUCUCAAGAAGAGAAAGGCAAUGCAAUGCAGCUAGACAGAAAGGUUCACACAUCGCUUUCUAUAUAAUUACUUCAUGUUACUGUAAGACUUUGCAUGAAACAUGUCAUAAAAUGUUUUUUUUUUUAAAGAAUCUAAAGUCUAAGGGCCUUUUCAGUAUGAAUAUGAAAUGGAGAAGUUCAGUUAACUCAUUUCAUACCUCACAAGAAUUACAAAAAGGGAAAGUGAAAUUUCCCUGGUCAUGAUUAUUGUUCAUACAUCAGUGGUUGAGUUUUAUUCAACCCUUAUUAUGUACUUUCAAAUGCUGUUGUUUUUAUAAUCCAAUGAAAAUUAGUUCAAAAUUAUUGUACGGUUGUUUCUUUCCAACUUCAAACCAAACAGUCCUGUCAGAGGUACGAGACACAGAGUAUUUCUGUGCUGUGAUGAAAUAAAUCUAUUUUUUAC